GUAAAACACAGACGCUUAUAUUUUUGCGUCUAAUUAAUUAAUAAUAUUUUUCUGUUGUGAAGAACGGAAUUAUAGACCAAUAUUUUGACAAGUUUGAAGUGGUUUAUUAUCAGCUGAUGAUCUGUUGAAGAAAUUGGUUGAAAUGAAAAGACCUAGAACUGUAACUAGCAUUCUAGGCUCAUGGACAUAUGAAUUGAUCAUUGACAUUCCACAAUCUCUAGAACUAAUGAUAACAAUAAAAGAACAGAAUAACCAACCAGCAGACAGUGUGUAAGAUCUGUAUGGACAAGGAGAUUCUUUGUUCAAGGUGUACUAUUGCCUUCAAGAUCAGAGACUACCGAUGUUGACUUUUUGAAUCGUGUAGUUAUUGUGACGGUUUUUUAUCACAUGUUAAGAGCCUUUUUUCAAAAUAAACGUCAAUAAACGUCACACAGCUGUAUAUGAAGGAUUAAAAAAUAUUAAUGCUGCACCUUAGAUAUUGAAAGCUGUUUCAUUUUUUAUUAAUAUGGGGAAUCAAAGGAGAUGUUAUAAUUCAACGUUGGAUUUAGAAAGCGAACUGAUGUCCGAUACAUCUCAAGAUGAAUUUGAAGUGGCAAUUGAUUUGCAAAUGAAAAGCGAUGCUGAUACUCUGAGUAAUCAGUAUGAAGAUAGUGGUUUUUGGUGCGCAUCACAUUUUCUAUCUAAAAGCCAUAUUGAUGUAAAUCCUAUUAAUAUAGAUGGAUUUGAUGCUUUAAUGAUUGCUGCGUUUAAUGGACAUGCUAGAACAGCUGAGCUGUUAAUUAAUAGUGGCGCUAAUUUUAAUCAUGUUGAUAACGUUGGACAUACUGCACUAAUAAUUGCUGCACAAAAAGGACUUGAAAGAACAUUAGAGUUGUUACUCAAAAGUUGUGCUAAAAUCAAUAGGUCGAAUACUUCGAUCGAUGAAUAUAAAGUAACAUUACCAUUGCAAAUUGUAGGCGGUGCUAGUAGUUUUGAAUAUAUGUUAAAAGUAAAUGAACUCACUGUUUUAAUGCCAUAUUUACUAAAUAGAGACCGAAAUAUUUCUGCAGUAAUUAAUAAAAGAGAUGCAUAUGAAAAUCCCUGUGUUAAAGAUAUAUGGGACGUUUUCAUUCCAGCUUCCCAUAAAGUUAUCGACAUUUUUAUUGAGACCAAUGGGCGUGUAUGUCCUUCUUAUAAAAUAGGAAAGAGGGCUUUUUCAAUUGCACAACAACUUCAACAAAAUUUUAAUGGUUUUUUAAAUAUAAAGUACAAGCUUUUUUUGAUGCCAGACCUCAAGAUUUUCACCUGCGUGUUGCUGGAACAAACAAAUGGAGAAAACGCUGCAAAUUACAAACAUGAUAAAGCUGAAGAUUACAAAGCUGACAAUACAGUUAAUGGAAACGGCGAAUUCAAUGAAAAUCAAAGAAACAUCCAACACACUUAUGAAAAAGAUAAAAACGGAGUAAAAUGUCGUGAUAACAAUCUAAAGACCAUUGCGAACUUUAUUGGAGAAACCAAUUUGAAUGAAAAUGACAACUCGUCUGUCGGAAAAGAAUUGCCGGAUCAUGCAAUGUUUUUACGCAUGUUAGAAUCAUUUUUGGAAUUAAGAAACAAAUCUACAUUUAAUAUUGCAAUUCCGGACAUAAAACGUUCAAGCAAACUAUUUAAAGCACAUCAACAUGAAGACGUAAAGAAUAAGAAAGUAGAAGAUAACAAGCUAAAACAUAGUUCUUCGCCAUCAGAAUGUGAAAUCUAUGAUACAGAAAACUUAAAAUCUUUUGGGAACAGAGAAGGCAUAAAAGUUGAAACUUUCAGAGAUGAGGAUAAAGAGAAAGAACUAAAUAAAAACGAUAAGUGCGACGAAAACAAGGACACUCAGUGUUGGCUACUAAACCCGAAUAUCACAUUCAAGCAGCACAUUGUUGCCUAUCCUUUUACUGGAAUGCUGUUCAACACUGAGCAGUUUGAGAAUUCAAAUCUAAGAGAUGAGAGAUAUCGACUAAUGACUUUUAGAGAUAUGUCAAUUGAACUUAAAAUUUCAUGGAUACAGUUAGCCGCUGAAGGAUUUUUCUACAUGAAAACGAAAGAAAAUAACAACAAAGGCCGCAUCCAAUGUUAUUUUUGCAAAGCUUACGAUCCUGUUAAUUUUGAGAACGUAUUACACCAGCAAGAUUGUCCUAUGUUAAGUGAAAACUCACCUGAUAACAUCCCCUUUCAAGCAGAUCAAUCUUUCACUUAUCUUUUCUGUAAACUAUAUCCACCAGAAAGAGGUACGGAUACGGCGAUUUCAAGCAAAGAUAUAGAAACAGAUGCUUCAAUAGAUUCUCUUCAACCAGACCAAGACAAGGAAAACCGUUUAAAAAGAAACAAAUUAUCGAAGAGACCAUUGUCCCAGGCUCCUUACUCUCGACCCACUCCAUCAAAUCCCCAAGCCGCAGCUCAAAGAUAUCACGCACUGAAAGCCCCGAUUACAUGUACCGAUGAUGGGGCGUCCUCUCUUGUAGUCGUAUCUAACCAAGAUUACAUCACCAGCACCCAGUACAAUAGAGCCCCCAUACCAGCCGCAGUCAAUGUACAACCACCCACCAGUACCCCGGAGAUACAAGACAGGAACCCACCCCAGGCCACAAGCAACACCAACCUAACUCAACAAAGCCCGUCACCAAACCGAUCGAAUGCUCAAACCCUCCAUUCUGACGCAUUCACUCCAACAACCCGAACCCCAUCACAACAAACGAUAAAUACUAACCAGCAACAGCAAAACCAGACACAACCAAGACCUAAUGUUACCAACCUCAGCACUGAAGCCAAUCAACUAGCACUAGCCCCAGUAUCCCAAACCCAACCAACCGGCACCAACCACGCCCAGCAAGAACCAGCAGCCAACAGACCUGGACGACGGCCUGGGCACACCCCGACCUACAGCGAGCUGGGCAUCAUCACAGAGAGACCCAAGCGAAACGACUACGCCCUGAAGAUCAAGCGACUUGAGAGCUUCGAAUCCUGGCCCAGAGGACACCACCUAACUCCUAACGAGCUGGCCGAUGCUGGUUUCUACUACGCAGGCUAUGGCGACUGUGCCCGAUGUUUCUACUGCGGCGGAGGUCUGAGGAACUGGGAAGACGAGGACAAUGUGUGGGUAGAACAUGCCAGAUGGUUCCCUAAGUGUGCAUUCAUACGUCAACAGAUGGGUCAGAUGUUUGUGGAUACGGUGAAAGGUCUCAAUGAAGACAGAGAUCAGAUAACGUAUGACAUGGUGAUUGAGAAAAUGAGAGAUGCGGGACACACGUUUAAUCUAGAAAAUAAAGAGAAUCCACUGAUGAAAGACCCAGCAGUUAGAACCGUUGUUGAUAUGGGUUACACAAUGAAGGAUGCGUUACAAGUGGCGAUGAUAGUUAAAGAGGAAGGGAGUAUAAUGUCGUCGGAUACUUUAUUGGAAAAGCUAGAGCAGCAAAAAAUACAAAAAGUAAAUACUACGAAGGCAACGCCCCUGGCUAUAACGUACGACAACGACGAGACUCAGUUCGCUUUACCUAGCAGCAGUCAGACGGAAAGAUCCAGCAAUGGAGCCCAACAGCUGGCUCUGACAAAUGGCGAUGAAGGAAUGCAGGUCGCUUUGAUAGAUCCGUCUAGUGGACAAGUUGCAGCUAGAGAUGUGUACACGAGUAGUGAUAAAAUCUUCGAGAUGAUUAGAGCCAUUAAGGAAUCUAACAACCAGCUGCGUCAGCAGACAGUGUGUAAGAUCUGUAUGGACAAGGAGGUGGCUGUCGUCUUUCUGCCCUGUGGUCAUCUGGUGUCCUGUGGGGACUGUGCUGUGGCCAUGAGAGAUUGUCCAGUCUGCCGGGUCAACGUCAAAGGAAUCGUCAGAGCUUUUAUCGCUUAAACAUUUUGUAAAAUUAUUAUGUGUGUUUUAAGCUAUGUAAAUUUGUGCAAAGACAGUUUCUAGCUUUUCUUUGAUGACAAAAAUAACGAUAUGAAACAAUGAAGACUC